AACAACUGGCCUUGCGGGGACAGAUCUGCACCAUAUAAAUUACAAACUAAAAAAUAAAAAAAAUAAAAAAAACGAAAAGGACAUGCUCCAUCAGCCUAGCCAGAUAAUUCAUGGGCCAGGCCCCUAUUUCCCCUCUCCUCAUCCUCAUAAAGCUGUACAGCUUAAUUACCUCUUGUUCUCUCUCUCUCUAUCGUGUCUUCGCUUCCCAAAUUGCUUAUUACAAGAUCAUUCCCCUCUCUCUCUCUCUCUUUCUCUGUUGCUCGCGCUCAUAUUAUCUCUGGAACCUUUAUCCUUUGUUCUUUUGUGAAGCUUCCGGGCAAUCGGUUCGCAGAGGAAGUGCUGCUAUAACUCUCUCUCUCUCUCUCUCGAUGUCUCUUGUCUGAGCUUAGCACUAUAUUGCCUCAGGCCCAAACGGAAAGAGCAGCCGAAUUUACAGACCUUUUCUUGCGCAGUCAGAGAAGAAAAGAAAACGCAGGUGAAGCUUUUUCCAUCUCCCAUGGAGUUCACCCACGGAAGAGGAGACAACAGGUUCUAUAACGAAGAGGAAGACGAAUUAGAAGAUGAUGACAGAGAUGAACAGAACCCCCCCAGAGGAACGGAUGCCGCAAGACUCUACCCUUUUAUUCCCAUCAGCUCCUCAUCUCCCUCUUCCUCCUCUGCCAUCUCCCUCAACUGUGAACCAUCCACUUCAACUACUCCCGCUUCAUCACUACCUCCGUCGACUACACAGGUUCAGAAGGAACAUAUGUUCGAGAAAGUCGUUACACCAAGCGACGUUGGCAAGCUUAACCGACUUGUGAUCCCGAAGCAGCACGCAGAGAAGUACUUUCCUUUAGACGCUUCUACACACGACAGGGGGCUUCUCCUCAACUUCGAAGACCGCAACGGCAAGCCCUGGCGCUUCCGAUACUCUUACUGGAACUCAAGCCAGAGCUACGUUAUGACGAAGGGGUGGAGCCGUUUCGUCAAGGAGAAGCGCCUCGAUGCCGGCGACACCGUUUCCUUCGGCCGCGGAACGGGUCAGACCGCUAGCCACCGUCUCUUUAUUGACUGGAAACGACGGCCGGAGCCGCAUCUUGACCUGCACAACUCCCAUCGCAUCCCCCACUUCCCUUCAUCGGUACCCUCCUUCUCCCAUCCUCACCCUUACCUCUCCUUCUCCCGCUCCGCCUCCGCCCCCUGGGCUGCCGGCCGCCUCUUCGUCCCAAACGCCACCCCGCCCCCAGCCUCCAAUUACUUCUACUUCCGCUCCACCUCCGCCCUCGCAACCAGGCCCAACCCCGUCUCGACCGCCGGCGACCCUCCCGUUUCCAUGGUGCUCGAUUCCAUCCCCGUGGCCCAUGGAAAGGAGGCCGCCGGCGAGCCAAAGCGGGUCCGCCUCUUCGGCGUCAACCUUGAGCAGCCUUACGAAGGAAUUGAUAACACCGAGACUUCCGGCCUUCUCAGACUCCAGCUCCGCUCUCCAUUUUCCUCUCAAGAGCUCCGCCUAGGAGGCCACGAGUCUUCCUCUUCUUCAGCUAAAGACAGCCACCAUUCCCCACCAUUUGAUUUAGACAUGUAAUUAUAUAUAGUUCUUGCAAAUUGGAUUAUAGAGGAUAAUAAUUCUUUCUCUCUUGCUUGUUUCCUUACCUUACUGUCAAUUUCAAUCCUACGAACUUCUACGAGUAUUAUUAUCACUGUUUACGUA